AUGGAUACUGAGUUUCCUGGUGUGGUUCUUCGCCCCGUCAGGAAUUUUAAGCAUAUUAAUGAGUAUAAUUAUCAGACUUUGAAGGAUAAUGUUGAUAUGUUGAAGUUGAUUCAGUUAGGUCUGACAUUUUCAGAUGAAAAUGGGAACUUACCCACAUGUGGAACUGAUACUUGUUGCAUUUGGCAAUUUAAUUUCCGUGAAUUCGAUGUGAACAAGGACAUUUUCGCUAAUGAUUCAAUUGAGCUUUUGAGGCAAACUGGGAUCGAUUUUAAGAAGAACAAUGAGAUGGGCAUUGAUGCAAACCAUUUUGCCGAGCUCUUGAUGUCUUCAGGAAUCGUUUUGAAUGACAGUGUGCAUUGGGUGACUUUCCACAGUGGCUAUGAUUUUGGAUAUCUGCUUAAGUUAUUGACUUGUAGGAAUUUGCCCCAGUCUCAGUCGGAUUUCUUUGACUUGCUCUACAUGUAUUUUCCCAUUGUGUAUGAUAUCAAGCAUCUGAUGAAGUUCUGCAACAACCUUCAUGGUGGUCUGAAUAAACUGGCAGAGCUCCUGGAACUUGAGAGGAUUGGUAUUUGUCACCAGGCGGGUUCAGACAGUUUGCUUACUUGUUGCGCAUUCAAGAAGUUAAAAGAGAACUUCUUCAACGGUUCCACUGAAAAAUAUUCUGGCGUUUUGUAUGGACUUGGUGUUGAGAAUGGGUCUGAAAAAUAA